CGGACAGUAAAGCUACUUGGAUCUACUGAUUGGACAGCUGGGCUUUCUUGUAAACCCUCCUUUUGUGGGCGUGUGUUUAGGAAUCCAACGUGGCAGAAGCUUGAGUAGAGGGAAGCACGGGUUAAUUUAUCUCUCUUUACUGUACUUUAUUAGUCUGUAUUCAGGCGAUGAGCGAUUAUUUACACAACUUCCACUUCGGUGAGCGCGUGCGUUGUGGUUUUUGAGUGCAUGUUGUAUUAAAACCGUGGUGUUUCUGUCAGCUGGUUCCACGCGAGAGAAACUAAGAGCAGAAGAACAAAGACACGCGGGGAGUUACAGAUACACACAAGAUGAGCUCAGAAAAGCCACCAUUGCCAGAUGAUGGAGUAGAGGUGGGGCAGGUGGUGGGGCCUGUGGAAGUUCCUGAUGCCCCAUUGGACAGAGUGCGUGAUGGGUGGGACAGUAAAGUGGAGUAUUUCCUGGCUCAGGUGGGAUUCAGUGUUGGACUUGGAAACGUGUGGAGAUUCCCCUACCUGUGUCACCAGAACGGUGGAGGAGCGUUCCUGCUGCUCUAUGUUCUGCUGAUGGUGGUGGUCGGUGUGCCGUUGUUUUUUCUGGAGUUAGCAGUGGGUCAGAGUAUCAGACAGGGCAGCAUCGGCGUCUGGAGGCACAUCUCACCAAAACUUGUUGGGAUUGGCUACUCCAGCUGCGUGGUGUGUUUCUUCGUGGCACUGUAUUAUAACGUAAUCAUCGGUUGGAGUAUUUUUUAUCUCUUUAAAUCAUUCCAGAGUCCGUUACCCUGGAAGAACUGUCCUGAAGAGGGGAACACCACAGUACCCGAGUGUGAUGCGAGUUCUCCUACAUCAUACUUCUGGUUCCGUAAAGCUCUGGAUAUUACGGACUCUAUCGAUGACAAGGGAGAGUUUAACCUGAUCAUCACUGGCUGUCUCGCUCUCGCCUGGCUCGUCGUCUGUCUCGCCAUGUUCAAGGGCAUCAAGUCUUCUGGCAAGGUGAUGUAUUUCUCCUCCGUGUUCCCUUACCUGGUUCUGCUGUGCUUCCUGAUUCGAGGUCUGACACUGGACGGAGCAGCAGAGGGACUCAAGUACAUGUUCAGUCCUAAGUUGGAGAUAUGGGGUGAUGUACAGGUGUGGCGUCAGGCGUUCACUCAGGUGUUCUUUGCUCUGGGUUUGGGUUUUGGCUCCAUCAUAGCGUACUCCUCCUACAACCAGCGUAAUAAUAACUGUCACCGUGAUGCCUACACCGUCUCCACCAUCAACUUCCUCACCUCCAUCCUCGCCUCGCUCGUCGUCUUCUCUGUGCUGGGAUUCAGGGCCAAGUCCUUCACCAAGACCUGCAUCUCAAAGAAUCUGAAACUGUUAUCUGAAGCGAUCUCGUCCUCAGUUACUCCACCCACUCUCCUUAUUAACAUAACGGAGGCGAAGUCUGUUUCUGUGGAGAUGUAUAAACACUGGUACGAGGUGCAGGGAAAUCAGCUGAACCUCACCGGCUACAGCAUCAGCAACUGCAGCCUGGAGGACGUCAUGAACAAGGGAGUAGAGGGGACAGGUCUGGCAUUUAUAGCCUUCACUGAGGCAAUGACUUGGUUCCCCGCCAGUCCCUUCUGGUCAGCUCUGUUCUUCCUCAUGCUCAUCAACCUGGGACUGUCCACCAUGUUUGGUACCAUGGAGGGGAUCCUCACCCCGCUGUCUGAUACCUUCUCCUCACUGAGGAACCACAAACUCAUCUUCACAGUGUGUAGCUGUGUGUUGGCGUUUGUGAUUGGUCUGUUGUUCACUCAGCGCUGUGGGAAUUACUUUGUGGUGAUGUUUGAUGAUUACUCCGCCACACUGCCGCUCAUCAUCGUCGUCGUUUUCCAGACCGUCAGUAUCGCCUGGGUGUAUGGGGCGGACAGGUUCCUGGAGGAUAUCAGACAGAUGCUGGGCCGCCCAGUGUGUGUGGUUUAUAAGUUUCUGUGGAAGUACGUGUGUCUGUUAGCCAUGCUGACUCUGCUAGCAGCCAGUCUACUGAAAAUGUGUCUGAAACGACCACAAUACACAGCCUGGAACAGAGAUACGGCAUCAGAGGUGAAAUUGGCCUAUCCUGAUUGGGCAUUGGCCAUGCUCUCAACACUCAUCAUCAUUGCAGUACUUCCUGUUCCUCUGGGUUACGCCCACACCAUGUUAAAACAGCGGUUCAGCCAGUCAGCUCUCGACACUGAGGCACGAUACGCCCCCUGCAGCACCGUGGACACUGACUCCGCCCCUCUCAGCACGCUGCAGAAUGCGGACUUGAAUCCUACCUCCUCGCCGUUGGCCGAGGAUGGCUACAGGCUCCUCCCACAGACUGGAGAGGAGGAAGGUGAGGCGUCUACAAGAGUAUGAGCUGGAAAGGUCCAGGUUAAAGUUCUGGUCCAGAUUAAAGUGCGUUUGCAGUUUUGUAAAGGUUUUUUUUGUUUGUUUUUGUUUUUUUUAAAUCAUGUUCUGCAUUUUUCCCGGUAAUUUGUAUUACAUUUUGGAAAUCUAAAAAAAUUUGAGUAUUGCUCCUUUAAGGUAAAUGGUUACCAUUCUAACACAGAUAUUCUGAAGGUUCUGUCAGACAUUUUACAUUAACAUUUCAACACUAUAUACGCUUAGCAAACUAGCUAAUGUUACAGUUAAACGUGUCAACAUUUUUUUUCAGUAAAUAUAUUUCCAGUGAGGUUAUUCACAUGAAAUAUUCAAAAGACAUCAGUAUUAACUCAAGAAAUCCGCAAAUAUAAAGAAUUCACAACAUUAAAGUCCAUACAUGAAGUUAUGUGUAAUAAAGUGGAAUGACACUGGGAAAAAGUAUUGAACAUGCUAAGAAAAGCAGUUCUCCAAGGCAAGGUAAGGAACCAGCUGAAAUCUGUAAGUAAUUAUCCCUCCUAUCUGUGCACAUUAAUAUCAGCUGGGUUAGUAAAUUGAUGGUCUAUAAAAAGGCUUUUCGUUACCAAGGUGUCACACAAGAAACAUCUCAUGAUGGGUAAAAGCAAAGAGCUCUCCCAAGACCUUCACAACCUAAUUGUAGUGAAACAUAUUGAUGGACUCAGAUACAGACGUAUUUCAAAACUUCUGAAUCUUCCAGUAAGCCAUUAUCCACAAGUGGAAGCAAAAUCACUCCAUCAUCAACCGGCCAUGCACAGGAGCUCCUCACAAGAUUUCUGACCAGGGAGUCAGAAGAAUAUUCAGAAGAGUAGCCCAAGAGCCAAGGACCACUCAGAAAGAGCUCCAGAAAUGUCAUGAUGUCUGGUGAAAAUCUCAUGUGAAUAACCUCAUCGGAAAUAUAAUGAAUCUAAUAUUCAUUAAUUUAUUGUAGGGCUGUAAUACUGUUACAGAGCAACACUGCACUCAAUCUUUCUAUCGAGAGACCUGAUUGGUCACAACAUGAAACGGUGCUAGUUAAUGAUCUAAUUAUUGAAUUAAACUAGGUAAAGCUUUCCAGGGGAAAAUGAACUAGUUAAUAAAGUUGUUCAGCAAAUAUUAAAUAUGUAAGACUUUGAGGAAGCUGUUUAAACUCUAAUAACACAACAUUAAACACAAUAACACGUGUGUAAUGUAUUUGAGUCAUCAUUAGACAUUGUAUUUAAACAGUCCUGAUAUCGUGAAUAUUUCAGUACCGUUAUGUUUAUUAUUUAUUUAUAGUCAGUGAUGCAGUUGAUCUCAAGAAAGUGAUCAAUGUAACACACAUAACUUACACAAAUAAUAACUUUAAUGCUAAUUAUAAAGUGAUUAAGUACGUGGCUUUUCUGAAUGUGACUCCCAUUAAAAAUUUCUAAAUAUAAAAUCCCCAUUUUUAUAAUUAGUGAUAGUUCUUAUAGUAAUUUGUAAAAUAAAUGAAAGAGGAGAUUGUGAGUUAGAUUUGUGAAUCAGUAAACCACACGUGGGGUCACGACCUUUAGUUUGGAAACACCUGUUAAAACUUUAUUUACUGUAGACCCUUAACAGUAAAAAGGCUAACGAAUAUCAGUCCAAAUGUUCUUCAGUUCAGCUGUAAUGUCAUGACACACAGUACAUCUAGAUACCUGAAGGUACACACACAUUAUACUACACACACAUGAUUAAUAAUUAGUUAAAUAAUUAAUGUAUAAUUAUUUUUCAACUAUAUGAAAAGCACCACAUUGUAAAAGUGUUUAGUUUGCAGUGUUGUAGAGAUGGACGAUAAAAGACCUGAAAGGAGAGAGUGCUGAAUCGAAGCUGCUGAUUGGUCAGCUGCUCUAAAGCUCAUUACGACAUCAUGAUUUGGACUUUCACCAGUUCAGUGGGAAAGUUUUCACAUCACCUUUAUUUAUUUAUUUAUUUAUACAGCACAUGUACAAAGAGAACAAGAACCAGUCAACCGGAACGCUGUACAGUAACAUCAGGCCAAUACAAACCGCAAUUAUAUAUAUAUGUAUAUGUGUGUGUGUGUGUGU